GCUGUAUCUAGCUAGGUGGACCGUCCGUGUAGACGUGUCCAGCCUCCUGCUGAGUUCUGGUACGAGUCGCAGCGAGAUGCACUGGAGGCUGGUGCUGAUUGCCGCAUCUUUAGACAUUAGGCUCACGAGUGCAGGGAGUGUUUCCUGAUGGGAGUUCGCAUCAAUUUUUAUUUUGUCACCCUUUCGUUCCGGUGGCCAACAAUCAAGAACCACGCUGGCUGAGAUGUUGAGAGUUUUGAUAUUGUGCUGAGUGAGUGGGGCCAAGCAAUCGCGGCGUGGGUGAGCCUGAACCUUCACGAAAAAUCCAGUCUCCCUUUAGUGGUGGCUGCAGUGACUUGUCUGCAGGGUAGGGGCGCACUGUUGACUAGCGAAGUGGAAGAAUGACGGACCAAGGCGACUGGCAGGCGAACAUGUUCCCGCCGAGUCAGCGGAGCUCCGAUCGCAUGGUCAGAGACGACGUCGAGAUGGCGAACUUCGGCGUGGCAGACGAGCACAUUCGCAACGACUACAACGGCCAGGGUCCUGGCUAUGUCGAUCCUGGUGAGUGCUGUGUGAUUCCGGACUAUGAAGAUGAGCAGUACUACCCCCCAGUACCUGGUCACCAGCAACCGCCUAACCAAUCGCAUGGUCAGCAAUCACAACUUGGCAUGACCCGCAGCAUGUCGGGCCGCGCCGGUGGUGGCAUGGUGGAGGGCUGUGAGUUCAUGCACGAGCUGCCCAGUCGGCGAGAGCAGGCCAGCACCGCGGCAACCAUUCGCCGACGCCAGACCGUGCACAGAUCCAUGACUCGGCCGCAGAUAAACAGCAAUGGGCGCGAAUCACCGCAGUUUGUUGAAGAUGAGGUUGACGACGUCUUGCCCAGCCUGAGGGAAGCCGGCCGCUCAGCGUCAUCUGCUCAUGCUCACAGGCAGUCCAUGCGCAGAAGGCCAACUAGGCCGGCUGGCCAGCGCGUGUCAGCGUAUCGCCAAGUCAAGUGGCAAAUAGGCUUGAAAUGGAAACUACUGAAGGAGUCGAUGGCCAACUUCUUCUACCACUUGGGCUUGUGGCGUGGCACCAUGAAGCGGAUUGAAGGUCGAUUCGGUACCGGAGUCGUGUCGUAUUUCCUCUUCCUACGCUGGCUGGUCUUUCUCAAUCUUCUCCUCUCGCUGUUAGUCAUCAGCUUCAUCUUCAUUCCGCAGCUGACCGUUGGCCGGACGAAAACUUCCAACCUGGGCACUCCUAAGAAUGAUAGCACUGAGUGGUAUUCCUAUAUCCAGCAGACUAUCACCGGAGAGGGCUACCUGGAGGAUACGCAUCUGUUCAUGGGCAUCUACACAAACACGACCAUCCAGCCUGGCUCAUACUCCAUGCCGUACGCGUAUCUGCUCACGUUGUUCGCCCUGCUCCUCGUCAGCCUCUUGCUGCUGGUCUUCAGCAUGGCCAAGGCGUACCGUGAGAGUUACGUACAGGACAGCGGCGGUUUGUACAGCUACAGCAACAAGACGUUUGGUGCGUGGGAGUUCACCAUCACCGACGAGAGCACCGCCAGACUUAAGUCCAUCAGCAUCAAGAAGGACUUUGAGGAGGAGCUUCAGAACGAGAAGGCGCUGAGCGAGAAGUGGACGUUUGACAAGACGAUGAAGGCGUACUCUCGCCGCGUCGUCAUCAACCUGAUCAUCCUGCUGAUGUGGGCGGCGGCCGGGACAGCCAUUUACUUUGCCACGACGGAGUCGAUCGACGCCAAUACGGAGAGUCGACAAAUAACCGGCGAUAUAUCCUAUGGAAAGCAGUUCACAUUGUUCAUCCGUGGUUUGGCGGCAACAUUGACCAUCUCAGCGUUUGAUGUCAUCUUCCCGACGGUCUUCCAGCAGCUGUCUCUGCUGGAAAUGUGGCGUACGCCCAGGACCGAGGUUCGCGCUACCCUUCUCAGAACGAUUGCCAUGCGAUUGUCUUCACUGGGUGUGCUCAUGGCGUCCAUCUUCAUCGAUAUUCAAGGCUGCGAUAGCGGUUCUGGCGGCGGCGGUGGUGGUGGUGCAAUGACCCCCAACAACAGUGCUGCCAUCCAAGCCACUAUGGGACCAACCACGUCCAUUGUGAUGGUGACUAUGAGCGCGGCAGCAAGCAAUACGUCUGCAGUGACGACAGCACCUGCAUCUGGCAAUUGCCCGCCGUGUUGGGAAUCAUUCGCUGGUCAGGAGCUAUAUCAGCUGACGAUCAUCGACUUCUUUAUCAUCGUGGGGGUCACUCUCUUUGGCGAAACAAUCUGGAGGUUUGCCGCGGACCACUCCAAGUUCAUCAAGGACAAGAUCGGACCGCCGGAGUUCUUCAUUGCCAAGAGCGUCCUGGAGCUGCUCUACGCACAGGCCCUGCUGUGGCUAGGUGUGUUUUUCUCACCGCUGAUUUGCAUCAUCUGUAUCCUCAAGUUUAUCAUCUACUUCUACUGCAAGAAGUUCAGCUUGUUUCACAACCUGAAGCCGAGUGACCGGCCAUACAGGGCUGCGAGGAACAGCAACAUCUUUCGUGCUCUUCUGCUACUUACGCUCUUCCUUUGUCUCAUUCCUAUCGGAUAUGCCAUUGUCAGGAUCACACCCUCUGCCCAGUGUGGACCAUUUCGGGGCAAGGAACACAUCUAUGACAUCAUUCCCGAACUGAUUGACAAGGCACCCGGCUGGCUGGAGACCAUCAUCGACUUCAUCGGCUCGGCAGCGUUCAUAGCACCCCUGCUCAUCCUGAUGCUGCUGGUCAUCUACUACUACUACGCAUUGUCCAGGGCUCAGAAGGAGAACAUCAACCUUCUCAAGGACCAGCUGCAACUUGAGGGCCGGGACAAGCAGUUUCUUAUCGGCAAGGUACAGCGCAUGCAGACCACUCUCGCCGGCCUGAGCGGUACUGUGUGAGCAGAGGAUGUGCUCGCUACCCACCAGCCUGCCACAACGGCAGCAGCCUGUGUUGACACGACUGCUCCGACCUGCUUAUCUUAUAAUAUUUAGCGGGCACUCACCAGUCUGAGCUCUAAGAGCAGAGUACAGAUGACCCAAUUGCUUUGCAUGAGCAGCUGUGGUUGUGAGCCACGCAUGCUGUGCAACAACGUUUUUUGAACACAUCUGAUUUGUUCAUUUUCUAUUGCCACUGUAUCCGUCGGAUACGUGUUAUCAUGUGCAUACGGUUGCGGAUGAUGCGUACGAGCGAUGGUUACGGUUCUGGUGUGCGUUAAAACUAAGCAAUGACCCCCUGACACUUCUACGAAUCGAACUGUGCCGUCUGCCGUUGAGUCGCCUUCCCUUUUGCGUUUCCUUAAGCUCCUGGUAGCGCCAUUGCCGCGAGUCAUUUGUAAAUUUGACAUGUUUUCACUUGGAACUGCGCUUUAUUUAAUGACAGUGUGAGACCCAACAACGCUAAUGCAGAAAUCUGCUUUUACAACGAGCCUAGAGUGAUUUUUGUUGAAACUUUUAUGCUGACCCCCAAAAACAUACACAGUAGAACUUGACAAGAGAACUGUUGCCUGGCGCGACCUGCUGCUUCACUCAAUAUUAUUAUAGAACUCCUUUUCGAGUAGCUUUAGUGCAAUAACUGUUCCUAUAAUUAUACCUCUUUUCAAAGUUGCUGUCUUGCUGGCAUACGACACAUCCUCUCUCUCUCUCUCUCUCUCUCUCUC